CCUAGAAAAUCUCUUCUUUGUUCUCGCUUUCCGCAUCCGUCUGCUUGCGGUUCGGUAAUCGGACAAGGGCGAUGGGGAAGAGGAAACGAGAGGAAAAGGCCAAGCUUGAUCAUGGAGAUGCUCAGCAGAAUUGCCCUUCAACAAUCUUCGUAUCCAACCUCCCGUAUUCUUUGAAAUCUUCUGAGCUCGAACAAGUGUUCAGUGAGGUUGGUCCCGUUCGGCGAUGCUUCACUGUCACCAACAAAGGUUCAGAAGGAAAUCGUGGGUUUGGGUUCGUCCAAUUUGCUGCUGUGGAUGAUGCUGAACGAGCUGUCCAAUUAAAAAAUGGUGCACUUAUGGGCAGUAGAAAAAUCAGAGUCAAACUUGCAAUGCAUCGUUUGCCUCUCGAGCUUCGCAAAGCAAAGGCAAAUAAUGAAAAGUCAAAUGAGACAACAAGUAACAAAGGAGCAGCGAAUCCCUCUGACGUUGUCACAAAACAAAAGGAUGUUCCACAGCCCCAACAACCUGAGCGUUUAGAGGUGCCAAAAGCUUCUAAUAAAAUACCGAGGUCGUCCAAUGCUCCUGCUGAUGCAGCAGACGGUUCAGAAAAGCAAAGGGUUGCUAGAACAGUAGUAUUGGGCGGUCUUCUUAAUUUUGAGAUGGCAGAAGAAGUAUUUCGAAGGGCUAGGGAGGUUGGCAAGAUAUGUUCAAUAACCUAUCCUCUUCCAAACAAAGAAUUUCAAUCCUAUGGUCUUACUCGGGAUGGUUGCCAUCCAGAAGCAUCUUUUGUGGUUUAUACAAGUGUAAAGGCAGCGCGUAACUCGGUUGUGAUGCUGCAUCAGCAAGAAAUAAAUGGUGCAUGUGUAUGGGCACGACAACUAGGUGGUGAGGGAUCAAAAACAAGGAAGUGGAGAUUGAUUGUCAGGAAUCUUCCUUUCAAGGUGACAGUUAAUGAGAUCAAAGAUAUGUUUAACUCUGUGGGUUUUGUUUGGGAUGUGUUCAUACCACAUAAAUCAGAGGAAGGAAUCUCGAAGGGUUUUGCUUUCAUCUCCUUCACAUGCAAGCAGGAUGCAGAAAAGGCUAUUAAAAAUGUCAAUGGUCGAGUUAUAGCUAGAAGAACUGUUGCUGUUGAUUGGGCUGUGCCUAAGAACAUAUUUGCAAAUACCACUGGUUCUACUGCUUCCAUAGAUGCUGCAGGGCAAUCAGAUGACAGUGAUAAUGAGGAGGACCUCAAUGAAAAUAAUUUGGUAACCAAUGAUGUUGAUGAUAACAGUGAUGGAGAUUCCCAAGAACAUGAUAGAGGAAAAGAUCUGGACUCUGAGGUGUAUGAGAAUAAUCUUCAAAUGGAUAUGGAUUCCGAAGAAGUGGUUGCAAAGAAAGUACUUGAUAAGCUAAUUAAAUCCUCUGGUGACGCACACGAACCAUCCCAAGAUGAUGUUUCAAAGUCAGCUUUAGAUGUUAAGGAGAUGCAUAUUACCUCUAAAUUUGGUCAAAGCGCAGAUCCUUCACAUCAAAAAAUAAACAAAAAAGAAGGUGAUUUGGAGAAAACAAUAUUUAUAAGUAAUCUUCCAUUUGAUAUUGAUAAUGAAGAAGUGAAACAAAGGUUUUUUUCGGUGUUUGGGGAGGUGCGAUCUUUUCUGCCUGUUCUUCAUCAUCUUACCAAGAGACCAAGAGGAACUGCAUUUCUGAAGUUUAGCACAACAGAUGCGGCAGAUGCAGCUGUUUCUGCUGCAAAUGCUGCACCGGGCUUGGGAAUCAUUAUGAAGGGCAGACCUCUGACAGUUUUGAAGGCAUUGGACAAAGAUUCUGCUCACAAGAAAGAGCUUGAUAAGAUGAAAGUUGAGGUUCAUGACCGUCGAAAUUUAUAUCUGGCACAGGAAGGUGAGAUCCUUCCUGGGACACCAGCUGCUGAAGGUGUGUCUGAGGCUGAUAUGAAAAAGCGUGAAAUGUUGUCAAAAAAGAAGGAGCAAAAGCUUCGUUCUCCUAAGUUCCAUAUAUCAAGGACAAGACUUGUCAUCUAUAACUUGCCAAAAACAAUGACGCAGAAAGAAGUGAUGAAGCUUUGUAUAGAUGCAGUUCUUUCUAAGGCUUCCAAGCAAAACCCGGUCAUAGAAAAGGUAAAAAUCUUGAAAGAUGCGAAGAAAGGAAAUAUUUCUGCCAAGAAACAUCCUCGUGCUGUAGCGUUUGUUGAUUUUAAGGAACAUGAUCAUGCACUUGUGGCAUUGAGAGUUCUUAACAAUAAUCCUGAAACUUUUGAUCCAGAGCAUCGGCCUAUCGUGGAGUUUGCCCUUGACAACAUUCAGAAAUUGGCGCAGCAGCAGAAGGCUAAGCUUCAACCUUUCAAAGACGAUCAGGGUAAUUUGGAUGACGGAAAGAGCAGUUCCCUGCAAAGCUCUGAGCAUCAACCCACCAACGCUGACAAGAAACCAAGUGAUAGGAAGAAAGCAAGACAGUUUAAACAUCGAAAGCCCCUAGAUAAUUCCUCUGAGGUAUCUCAACCUGCUAAUGGAUCCAAAUUCCUUCAGCAGGAUAUGAAAGAUGUUGAUACCAAGGGAACCAAAGAAGGCAUGGAGAAGAAGGAUUCAGCGAAAGGAAGAAAGAGAAAGCUUUCUAGUGAAGCUAAAGAUGCAACAUCAGGAGUCGUACACAACUUCAAAAAGAAAGGUUUAAAAGCCAUGAAAAAGAAAUCAAUUACAGAAGAGAAGAAUGUUAGAGGCACUGAAUCACUUGAAUUGAAGUCUGACAACAAAUCAAGAGCAUUUCCAAGAAAAAGGAAGCCACAAGCAGGUGUUGAUUCAGAGCAGCUGAAUGCCGGGAAAAAAUCAAAGAGGGCAAAGAACAAAUCUUCUGGAGAGGAAGUUGUGGAUAAGCUGGACAAGCUGAUCGAGCAGUACCGUUCCAAGUUCACCCAACAAGGUUCAAGCAAUGCCAAAGGAGUUGCAAGCUCUGGAAAUAAAGUCAGGAGAUGGUUUGAGUCAUGAAGAUAACAAUAACUGCAUAUCUUAAUGUGAGUUUUUGUUGUGCCCAAAGUAACUUGUUUAUUUACUAAGUUGUCCACACUGGAACUCUGUUAUGUUCAUCUAUUUACAGUGAGUAUAUCAAUUCCUAAUAUAGAUUGAUUCUGAAUUAGGAAUUGGAUUUCUGCUGGUUCAAA